AUGAAGAUUGUUGCCCCGUUGAUCGCUCUUUUCGCUUCUGCUUCGGCAUUUGCCCCUGCUUCCGUUUCUUCUCGCCAAAACAUGGCCCUCAACGCCGAGGACGUCCCAUUGGCCAAUGGUUCCAUGUCAUUCAACCGCGUCUGUAGAGAGUGGCGAUGCAAGUACGAGGGAGAUAAGGCUACCUCCGAAUCCCUCGAGGCCAUCUCCAAGGUCGUUGACGAGUACCUACCUGAUCUCAAGAAGCUCAGUGAUGGCGUCAAGGUCAAUCGUUUGGUCUGCGGAGGAUGCUUGGACUUCAAGCUUAUGACCACUGUUCCUCUCGAGGACUUUGGCCCAUGGGAAGAAAGUGGAUACGCCCCAGAGAAGGACUUUUUGGAGAAGAUCAAAGCCAUCCCAGGUGUCUCCCAAGUGGAAACACAAACGAUCACAAACAUGGAGAUCUAA